AUGUUAAGAACAUCUACCAAACAAAUAAGUAGAUCCGUAGGGAUUAAACCAUCUAUUUCAACUGUGAGAUCAAUUUAUACAUCAGUUUUAGAUUCUGAUAUUAAUAUCACUAAGAAUGGUAAAGUUAAUCUUGCAGUAGGUGCUGGAGGACGUUCUUCAAGAACUGGUUAUACUGCCACUGUUUUUGGAGCAUCUGGAUUUUUAGGACGUUAUUUAACUUCUAAAUUAGCAAGACAUGGUACUACUACAAUUGUUCCAUUUAGAGAUGAUAUGAAGAAGAGAUUUUUAAAAGUUACUGGUGAUUUAGGAGUUGUUAAUUUUGUUGAAAUUGAUGCUCGUAAUUUACAAAGUAUUGAAGAUUCAGUAGCUAAUUCUGAUAUUGUUAUUAAUUGUAUUGGUGCUGAUUAUAAUACUAAGAAUUUUUCAAUGGCUGAUGUAAAUAUUGCAUUAGCUGAAAGAAUUGCUUUAGCUACUAAAAAAGCUAAUGUUCCUCGUUAUAUUCAUGUUUCUUCAUAUAAUGCUGAUCCAAAAUCUGAAUCUGUUUUUUAUGCUACUAAAGGUAUUGGUGAACAAGUUGUUAGAGAUAUUAUUCCUGAAACUACUCUUGUUAGACCAGCUCCAAUGUAUGGUAGAGAAGAUCAAUUAUUAAAUUAUUUAGGUCCAAAAAUUAAAAUGUGGACUCCAAAUAAAAAUGCUAAAGAAAUUUGGCCAGUUUAUGUAUUAGAUGUUGCUAGAGGUCUUGAAAAAAUUGCAUUUGAUGAUUCAACUGCUGGUCAAACUUUUGAAUUAUAUGGUCCAGAAAAAGUUUCAUUCCAUGAAAUUAGAAAUAUGAUUAAUGGUAUCACUGAAAAAUACGCUCAAGUUGGUCCAUUUUCUUAUAGAUUUGCUGAUUAUGAAAUUCCAUUACCAUUAGCUAAAGCAAUUGCUCAAGUACAACAAUUGGUUUGGUGGAAAUUGACUAAUCCUGAUCAAGUUCAAAGACAUCUUAUAAAUCAACAUAUUGAUCCAAAUGCUAAAACUUUCCAUGAUUUAGGUAUUGAUGAUUUAACUAGAUUACCUGACGUUAUAUUUAGUUUUGUUAAACAAUGGCGACACCCAUUGAUUGCCCAAAAGGGUGCUCCAGGUAAGAAAGAAUUGGAAAAAUUAAGACAAGUUCAACAUUUCACUCCAUAG